AUGUCUGAGAUGUUCCAAAGAAUUGGCCGUAUCUGUCCCACAAUGAAAGAAAUCGGGGAGAUAUUUCCGGACGACGAAAAACUGAAAGAUUCUAUUCGCGUACUUUACGCUAUAUCCAUUGAAUUCUGCAUUAAAGCGCUAUGUUUCCUUCGCAAACCAGGAAUGAAGCAGUUUGCGAAGAGCACCUGGAAGCCUUUCAAGUUUGAAUUUCAAGACAUCGAAAACGAGCUGGCCGACCGACGUGAAAUAAUCAAUGACCAGAUACGCGUUGCGUCAGAGAAGGCCGCAGCUUUUGCACGGCAGAAAGCUCUGAUAUACCAGACGGAAGGCUACCUGCAUAGGGAAUACGAGGUAACCCAGUGGGAUCGCAGCCAAGAAUGGAGAAUUGAGCAGGACGUAUACAAGAAAGAGAAAGCAAUGGAUAAAUUGCUCGCGAAAUUAUCAGCCCACAAUCACACACGUCCUUUCUUAAACGCAAAAGAUUUACGGCAUCCGGAUACAGGGAAGUUAUUCUUCGAGUCCCCGCAAUUUAAAAGUUGGUAUAAUUGCAGCGGCGGCUCCCUAUUAUGGUAUCAAGGCAUUCCCGACGCUGGUAAAACUAUUCUGGCGUCGGCUGUCAUCGACCAUUUGCUCGGUAAUGUAGGAGGAGCCGGCCAGGCGAUUAUAUAUUUUUUCUGUGACUCUCAGGACACCAGGUCGUUAGAGAGGCGUACGCUGCUAUCGAGCCUGCUAAAGCAGAUAAUUACUCUAAAUCGUCCGCUGCUUCCGGCCUUGCGUUCGCAAUUAGAGACAACAUUCAAAAACCCCCAAAGUCAACCUCCACUACAGACUCUACAAAAUCUUCUAAUAACACAUAUUCAACAAAAGCAUUUAACAUAUAUUGUUGUCGAUGGUGUUGAUGAGUUGGACGUUAGAGAUAGAAAGUACAUUCUGGAUCAAUUCAACGAGAUGCUCAAAUUACCGGGAUCUAUACUCAAAGUUUUCAUAUUGAGCCGUCCCGAGAUUGAUCUCCCACGAACAAGCCGAAAGGCGAUUUUUGCAUCCCCUCAAUCCGCACUGAGACCGGAGCUCGAUGCCUAUGUUCGGGAUAGCUUGCAAAAGUUCGAUAAUCUGACAUCCUUUCCACCGAAGUUUAUGAGCGAGAUUCAAACAGCUCUCAUAAAUGGUGCGGAUGGAAUGUUUCUCUGGGUCGAAUUUCAGCUGAGAGAAAUUGAAAACAAAGAUAGGAUGGUUGAUAUUCGAAAAGUGAUACAGAAUCUACCACGGGGCUUAAACGAGACGUACGCCAGAAUAUUAAGGAAGAUCAUGGAGCAUAGAAACCCAGAGAAGGCCUUGAAGAUCUUCAAAUGGCUUUCCACAUCCCGGCGACCCCUUAUGUUAGAAGAACUCCAGGAAGCGAUUGCAAUUGACACUAGUGACACCUGUCACGCCCAAAUCAAGAAUCGAAAAACACUAGACAGUUUUUUUGAGCUCCAGGACUGUGCAAACCUGGCCGUGCUAAACGAACGAGAUGACACUGUUCAGUUUGCGCAUUCUACCGUACGCGAUUUCCUACUCAAAGAGUCAACAAUAACAGAGUUCCCAAGCCUUUACCUUGACUUAAUUUCCGCCAAAGCGGAAAUAUGCAAUGCGUGUCUCACAUAUCUAUCCCUCAACGACUUUGAAAGCCAGAUUGAAAUUGCCCACAAGAGGCCACCACUACCGAAAGAAUCAAUCCUAGAAAAUCCAGCUUCUUGGGUGCCAAUGCUACUCAAGUCUAGAUCAAUUCCAGCGAUAGUUGCAGGAUUCUACCUAAAUUGGCGUCGACCAAACAGUUCACCCAAGCCUGCAGCGUUAUUCCGCCAAAAAAUCAAACAGCCACCGACUCAACUUGAGUUGCUUCGUCAGUCGUUCACAUUUCUCGACUACGCUCGUCAAAACUGGAUACACCAUUGCGAUGAUUUAUUUAACGUUGCUAAGGAAACAAAAACUUGGCAAAUAUUCCGAACGCUCCUUGGAAAAACUUUGCCCUUUGAUCAUCUCCCCUGGAAGCAUACGAAGUCGCACUCCGACCUUGUAUAUUUUGAUGCGUUCUCUUGGGCGCUCCAUAAUAGCAAUUUUUCAGUACUAACGUUGAUUUUUGAUGAAAUAACGGCGACGGAGCGUCAAAGCUAUCUUGAUAGUACUGUGGGUGAAGCGGGGGAACCACCGCUGCAUAUCGCCGUGGGCCUAUGGAGUGAAGGCAUUGUUGCUUUACUUUUGCAGAACGGCGCUGAUCCAAAUUCUUGCUAUGGUGGGAUCACUGCAUUGGUUAAAGCUUCUGCUGCGGCCGAAGGUGGUCACCUUGAUAUCGUUGAAAAACUGCUAGCUGUUAAGGCUGAUGUCAAUGCUGCUGCUGGUAAUGGAAUAUAUGGUAGACGAACAGCUCUUCAGGCUGCGGCAGGGGGUGGCCAUCUUAAUAUUAUUGAGAUAUUUGGCUAUCUUAAUAUUAUUGAGAGAUUGUUAGCUACUAAAAUUAAUGUUAAUAUUGAUGCUGAUGUAGAAAAAGGACAAACAGUCCUUCAGGCUCCGGCCGAGGGUGGUCACCUCAACGUUAUCGAAAGACUAUUAGCUGCUAAUGCCGACGUUAAUGCCGAUGCUGGUGCAGAAAAAGGACGAACAGCUCUUCAGGCCGCAGCCGGGGGUGGUCACCUCGACGUUAUCGAAAGACUACUAGCUGCUAAUGCCGAUGUCAAUGCCGCUGCUACUGCUAAUGCCGAUGUUAAUGCCGCUGCUAUUAAUAAUUAUGGACAAACAGCUCUUCAAAUUACAGCUGAAAGUGGCCACCUUGAUGUUGUCGAAAGAUUUCUAGCUGCCAAAAUUAAUGUUAAUAUUGCUAUUACUGAUAAUAAUAGACUAACAGCUUUUCAGGCUGCGGCCAGAGGUGGUCAUCUUGAUGUUGUUGAGAGACUGUUAGCUGCUAAGGCUAAUGUUAAUGCCUCUACUAGACAUCAAGGGCUAACAGCUCUUCGGGUUGCAGCAGAAAACGGUCAACUUGACGUCGUCGAGAAGCUACUAGCUGUCAACGCUGACCUCAAUGCUAUUGGUCGGGACGGACGAACUGCUCUUCAGGCUGCGCGUGGGCGUGGUCUCUUCGAUGUCGUUAAGAGGUUGCGUGCGGCCGGAGCGAAAUAUUAG